AUGUUGAACAAGAUGACCUCCUACCAUCAGCACCAGAUGAUGAGAGGUCCUAGGAGGAAAGGGGUUUGGUUUGACCCCUUUUUUCUGUUGCUGUUAGCACUGCAGUUGCUGGUGGUAGCAGGACUUGUACGAGCCCAGACUUGCCCUUCUGUUUGUUCCUGUAGUAACCAAUUUAGCAAGGUCAUCUGCACUCGCCGAGGGUUGAAGGAUGUCCCCGAUGGCAUCUCUACCAACACACGCUACCUGAACCUUCAGGACAAUCUCAUCCAGCUAAUCAAAGUCGACAGCUUUAAACACCUUCGUCAUCUAGAGAUCCUGCAGCUUAGUAAAAACCACAUCCGGAACAUUGAGAUUGGCGCCUUUAAUGGGCUGACCAGCCUUAACACCCUCGAACUCUUUGACAAUCGCCUCACAACCAUCCCAAAUGGAGCCUUUGAGUAUCUUUCUAAGUUGAAGGAGCUUUGGUUGAGGAAUAACCCCAUUGAAAGCAUACCCUCUUAUGCCUUCAAUCGCCUGCCAUCACUGCGAAGACUGGACUUAGGUGAGCUCAAGAGGCUCUCUUACAUAUCAGACGGAGCGUUUGAGGGCUUGAGUAACUUGCGCUACCUGAACCUGGGAAUGUGUAACCUCAAAGAGAUCCCAAAUAUCCUACCCUUGGUUCGUCUGGAUGAACUGGAAAUAUCUGGGAACCAGUUGUCCGUGAUCCAGCCUGGCUCUUUCAAAGGGCUCGUUCACCUACAGAAGCUUUGGAUGAUGCACGCUCAGAUCCAGGUCAUUGAGAGAAACUCUUUUGAUGAUCUGCAAUCGCUGGUUGAGCUUAACCUAGCCCAUAACAACCUCACUCAUUUGCCCCAUGACCUUUUCACCCCUUUGCGUCACUUGGAAAGGGUUCACUUACACCACAAUCCAUGGAAUUGCAAUUGUGACAUCCUGUGGCUGAGUUGGUGGCUGAGGGAGACUGUGCCAGCCAACACUAGCUGCUGUGCCCGUUGCUAUUCCCCUUCUAACUUCAAAGGGCGCUACAUUGGAGAGCUAGACCAGAGUUAUUUUCAGUGUAAUGGACCUGUUAUCGUGGAGCCUCCUGCUGACCUCAAUGUGACUGAGGGCUCAACAGCAGAGCUCAAAUGUAGAACAAAUUCUCUGACUUCAGUCAGCUGGAUAACACCAAACGGCUCCAUUAUGACCCAUGGGGCAUAUAAGGUACGCAUCUCAGUCCUCAAUGAUGGAACAUUAAACUUCACUAAUGUCACAAUACAGGACACAGGGACUUACACAUGCAUGGUCAGCAACAUGCUGGGCAACACCUCGGCCUCCGCCAUUCUGAAUGUGACCACUGUUGACAGCACUGGUGUCACCUAUUUUACCACAGUCACUGUGGAGACCAUAGAGGCACCAAUCGAUGAGAGUAGGACACCAGUGCAGCCUUCAUUCAGCUGGGGGUCAUCUUCCACCACCAGAGGGACACCAAUCUCCACCAAGGCAACAGAGAGAACCUACACAAUCCCUGUGACAGAUCUAUAUGGGGAUGGAUCUCCCAACAGCUUGGAUGAAGUAAUGAAGACCACCAAGAUCAUCAUCGGCUGCUUUGUGGCCAUCACCCUAAUGGCAGCAGUAAUGCUGAUCAUCUUCUACAAGAUGCGCAAGCAGCAUCACCAGCAGAAUCAUGACGGGCCUACACGGGCCAUUGAGAUCAUCAAUGUAGAUGAGGAACUGACAGGAGUACCAACCAUCGAGAGUCACCUGACUCUACCUCCACUAGAGCAUGAGCUCUACAACCACUACAACUCCUACAAGACUGCGUACAACCAUGCAUCAACCAUGAGCUCCCUGCAUAGCUCAGUGCAUGAACCUUUAUUAAUCCAAGCCAGCUCAAAAGACAAUGUGCAAGAGACACAAAUCUAA